CAGAGCCACCCAUAUGAUAAUGCCACCAUCAUUAUCCCGUCCUCGUGCUUUUCUUCUUCACUCAUUUCUACCCAUCAUCAUCGUUCCUCUGCUCGUUCUUUCCCUUUUUUCCACUCUUUUUGUGUUCUGAUGAUAUGAUGUGCCGUGUUCUUCGAAGGAAACCUGGGUGUUUAUGAUGUUCUUCUGGGUAUUUAUGUAAGAGUUCUGUGUGUGUGUGUGAGUGUGAGAGAGAGAGAGAGAAUGGGGACAACGGUGGUUCCAAGCUCCAUGGACGUCUCCAUCCCGCUGGGUGAUCAGAAAGGCGACGGCUUCGCCGGCCGCCCGAACCCGAAAGACUUGGACGCCGGAGCUCUCUUCGUCCUCAAAUCACGAGGGUCGUGGUGGCACUGCGGGUACCACCUGACGACGUCCAUAGUGGCGCCGGUGUUGUUGAGCCUACCCUUUGCGAUGAGCCUGUUGGGUUGGGUGGCCGGGAUCGCGUGCCUAACUUUUGGGGCCGUGGUCACAUUUUACUCUUACAACCUCCUCUCGCUCGUCCUGGAGCAACAAGCCCAUCUCGGUCAGCGCCAGCUCCGAUUCCGUGACAUGGCUCACGACAUCCUAGGACCCGCAUGGGGAAAGUAUUUUGUGGGACCUCUACAGUUUGCUAUAUGCUAUGGUGCUGUCGUUGCCUGCACUCUUUUGGGUGGACAGAGUCUCAAGUUCAUAUACUUGCUCUAUAAGCCAGAUGGGAAAAUGCAGCUCUACCAAUUCAUCACCAUGUUUGGUGGCCUAACUCUGUUCUUAGCACAAGUCCCCUCCUUCCACUCCCUCAGGCACAUCAAUCUCGUCUCUCUCGUCCUCUGCCUCGCUUACAGCGUUUGCGCCUUGGGCGGCUCCAUUGACAUCGGAGACUCGGCAAAUGCACCGCCAAAGGACUACUCCUUGGUCGGUAGCCGAGCAGACCGCCUUUUAGGCGCCUUCAAUGGGAUUUCCAUCAUCGCCACCACUUACGCAAGUGGAAUUAUCCCUGAGAUCCAGGCAACUCUAGCUCCACCGGUGAAGGGCAAGAUGUUCAAAGGCCUGUGUGUAUGUUACUCGGUCAUAGUGACCACAUACUUCAGUGUUGGAAUCUCUGGGUAUUGGGCCUUUGGGAAUCAGUCCAAAGGAACGAUUCUGACCAAUUUCAUGGGCAAGACCAAGCCACUCCUACCCACUUGGUUCCUCUUGAUGACCAACAUUUUCUGCCUCCUCCAAGUAUCAGCAGUCUCUGUGGUAUAUUUGCAACUAACCAAUGAAGUGUUUGAGAAGAAAUUUGCGGACCCAAAGAUGGACCAAUUCUCGACACGCAAUGUGGUGCCUAGGUUGAUCGCUCGGUCGCUAUCGGUGGUGGUGGCGACCAUGGUGGCCACGAUGCUGCCCUUCUUCGCGGACAUCAUGGCGCUGUUCGGCGCGUUCGGGUGCAUCCCCCUAGACUUCAUAUUGCCCAUGGUUUUCUAUAACGUGGCCUUCAAGCCCUCUAGGAGGAGCUUCGUGUUCUGGGUGAACACGACGAUCAUCGUCGUGUCCUCGAUGUUGGUGGCCAUCGGCGCAGUGGCAUCGGUCAGGCAGAUAGCUCUCGAUGCCAAGACUUAUCGAUUGUUUGCUAACAUGUAGUGACUAUAAUUGACGAUUGCUCUAAUGAUAUGUACAAUUAAUAUUUUGCAAUUUCCUUA